UGAUCGAACGAAGGGGCUUUACCGAAGAAAGGACACAUGCGCCUGAACCAGCCUUUCGCCCUCGGUUCAUUGCAAUAAUCGUCUCGUGCGGCUUUCUGCCAUCUUUUUCCAACACGUUGCGUUAGAUUGAGAAAGCAGAGCAUGAUUCGGUCCCUUCCAGCAAAGCGAAGAGUGGAAUCCACGGACGCCAACAAAACAUGGACGAGAAACAAAAUCAGUACGAAAGUAUCCGCAGGUAGUGACCGCCGCCGGGACAGACAGGACUUUGCUGCCUGCCUGCUGGUUACGAUGCACUAUUAGAAUAGGUUUUCUACUAUUACCUACUAUCGUUAGACUGACGUGAAAACUCGUGUAAAUGUGCUGACCGACGUGUGUGCAUGUGUGUGUGAGAGUGAGACUGUAAACUAUUUUCUUUUUCCAUUUUUUAAUUGUUAAAUUUUCGUGAAUGAAUGACUUGAUACUGCCAGGACUAUGCGUCGAAAUCUCAAAAUCCUCAGCCUUUUCUCGACGGCGUGGAUGCUUGCUAUCGUUUUUUACUUCCAAUCUUCAGGGAACUCUAAGAACGAAAACAAAGCCUUACGAUUAAAAGAUGGCGCGACAGUGUCUCCGUUCAACGACGACACAGGCCAGGGCCCAGGGGUUCCUUUGGCAUUGCAGAGCCUCGAAACAACCGACGGUCGAUUAUCAUGGAAUUACUUUGAUGAGACCUCGUACAUUUCAAAGGGCGCUUUACGAUCCGGCGAAGAUCCAUACGUUCGUAAUCGAUUUAAUCAAGAAGCCAGUGAUAAACUACCUAGCAAUAGGGAUAUUCCCGAUACCAGGAACGCUUUGUGUCGCAAGAGGAAAUAUGAUGAGAAUCUUCCAGCUACAAGUGUUAUAAUUACUUUCCAUAAUGAAGCACGUUCAACGCUACUAAGAACUGUAGCUAGUGUUCUCAAUAGGAGCCCAGAACAUUUGAUAAAAGAAAUAAUUUUGGUCGACGACUUUAGUGACAAUCCCGAAGAUGGCGUAGAACUGGCCAAAAUUCAGAAGGUUAAGGUGAUAAGGAACGAGAAAAGGGAAGGACUCAUGAGAUCGAGAGUGAGGGGUGCUGACGCUGCAUCAGGAGAAGUUUUGACGUUUCUUGAUAGCCAUUGCGAAUGUAAUAAAGAAUGGAUCGAGCCAUUGUUAGAAAGGGUUUCAGAAGAUCCUACAAGGGUUGUAUGUCCCGUGAUAGAUGUGAUAAGCAUGGACACUUUUCAAUAUAUCGGGGCGUCAGCCGAUUUGAGGGGAGGCUUCGAUUGGAAUUUAGUGUUCAAAUGGGAAUACCUAAGCACCCCCGAGAGACAGGCCAGACAUAAAGACCCAACCCAAGCUAUACAAACCCCAAUGAUCGCCGGAGGAUUGUUUGUGAUUAAUAAAGAGUACUUCGAAAAACUGGGGAAGUACGAUAUGCAAAUGGACAUAUGGGGUGGUGAAAACUUGGAGAUAUCUUUUCGUGUAUGGCAGUGCGGGGGUAGUUUAGAAAUAAUUCCCUGCAGCAGGGUAGGACACGUGUUUCGCAAAAGACACCCUUAUACUUUCCCAGGGGGUAGUGGUAACGUAUUUGCAAGAAAUACAAGACGUGCAGCUGAAGUUUGGAUGGACGAAUAUAAAAACUACUAUUAUGCUGCAGUGCCUCUUGCUAGAAAUGUUCCUUUUGGAGAUAUUAGCGAGCGUCUUGAACUUCGCAACCGUCUUCAGUGUAAACCAUUCAGAUGGUAUUUAGACAAUGUGUAUCCUCAAUUAAAAAUACCUCACAGUACCUCGUCGUCGUAUGGUAGUUUACGACAGGGUAUUUAUUGUUUGGACACGAUGGGUCAUCUUAUAGACGGUACCGUGGCCCUGUACCAAUGCCAUAAUACUGGCGGCAAUCAAGAAUGGGCCUUUACCAGGAGCGGACUUAUAAAACAUCACGACUUAUGUUUGAGUUUGGACGAGUAUUACAAGGGGGCACCGGUAGUGAUGAAAGUAUGUGAAAAUUACGAAAACCAAAAGUGGAGAUAUGACUCCAACACCGGUCUGAUGAAACAUUUGAAAGUACCCUUGUGUCUGGAUUCAAUAUUCACGAAUACUAAGGGAAUAACUGUAGAAAGUUGCAAUCCCAGUGUUGAGACUCAACAAUGGCAUUUGAAAGCUUGAAGUGAUUUCUUGAAAAAAUCUGUACGUGAUAUUAGUUUUUAAUGUGUAAAAGUCUAACACAACAACAACAACAAUGUGUGCCCUACGUAGAUUCUUUUUAAAGAGAUUGCAUGAUUAACAUCACAGUCGGAUAUAAAAAACUACUACUAACUAAAAUUAUUAAUUGUUGAAUUAUGAGAUUGUUUUUAUUUUUAUUUAAAAGUUUAUUUUUGUAAAUAAAUUAAGUUUUUAAUAAAAUACCAAUUAUCAACCGAUAAUUUUAUCUGUCCGAAUAGAAAACAAAGCCGAAGUUCGCAAACUUUCACCCUUAUUUAAGUAAUUCUUAAAAUUUCGUACAAAAAUAUUAAGUCUGCCAAGUAUAAAGUAAAAGUUUUAAGUAUUUAUAAAAAUCGAGACUAACGAUUCCAUUAUUUAGACCGAAUGUAAAUUAGGGCACAUUGUUUUCCUUUUGUCUUAUAAGCCUGCAAUGAAUAAUUUCUGUUGAAUUAAAAAUCGUACUAUCAUAAUCUACUUGUAUAAUAAUUAAUUAUAGGUAGACAUUGUUAAAUUUAUAUCGUUGUGAUAUUGUAAUAUAUUAUUGAUUACUAUGUGUUUGUAACGUUUUUGUACAUAACCGAUGACAUAAUUUUUUGUACGCGUUGUGAAUUAUACAAAGUUUUGUAUCUAUUAUCAUUUGCCAUAAAUCACAGCGCUUAUUUGAAUUUACACCGAAACCGCUGUUUGAAAAAUUUAUAAAUGCAAUAAUAUUGUUAAUACUACAUACAAUGAAAACAUCAGAAAGACGUUUUCAAACCUUAUAACGUGAAAUUAGAUGCCUUGUAGUACUUAAAUUACCCAAAAAAGGACUGAACUAUAAUAAUAAUAAUAAUAAAUAGUAUUCUACUAAUAGCUACUAGCUUUUAGAAAUAAAUAAAUAAUUACUAAAUAAAUUAACGCAAGAAAAAGUAAUUGAAAUAAAAAUUGGACAAGAACUUUUUGACUCACGGUCACAGUUUGUAUAUUACGUACAUUCCCGUUAAUACGUUCUAUAUCGAAUGUGUUUGCAUAUAAUGCAAAUAACUGUAUAAGUUAAAAUGCACAGUUGAUUUAUACAGAGCGUUUUUAUUUUAUUUUCUUGUGAAGUUUUAGGGGAAAUAAUUUCAUUAAUCAGAAAUAGAUAAAUACAUAAUUUCCGAUUUGAAUUUCUAUUUCAUAUUCUUAAGUACCUACUGUUAAAAAUCACAUACUUCCUGAAGUGUAUGUUGCAAAUAAAUGUAUAAAUUUAUGUGAUAA